CAGUCAGAGGGACGAGCUCUUCUCUUCGUCCAUUCAUGGACGAGAAGAGUCAAACCAUUUUUCUUCCGUGAAGAGAUCGUAAAACAGUUCCCUUUUCAGCUCAAUCUUCUCCUUCCUCCCAAUAAAAACAGUCCCUUUCCAGCACCCUCUUCUCUUCUCUUCUCUCGUACGAGUCUCCCCUUAUCCGAUUCAAUCCUCCGUUCCCUUCCCUCAUAAGAAAAGGGAAAGAUUCUUUCCAGCGUCAGCCCCUUUUCAAUCUCGUACUCUGCUCUGUUUUCGCUUGCUGGAAGCUGUCGGUAAUUUGCUUCAUACCCGUUGAGUGGAUCAGCUGCCGAUGUUCGAGCUGUGUCGCAGUGCUACGGCGAUCUGAUCGGGUUCCGAAUUGAACUUUUCUUCAUGGAUGAUGGUCUUGGGAACAUAAAGGUUAUCCCAGAUCACUUCAGUGUUUCAAGUGCCGAAGACUCUCCUCUCCCAAGCAGCAGUGUUUCGAGCUCAGAAUCACUGCCAACUGCAGAUAGUAAACAUUGUUUGAGGUUUCACAGCAAAUCGUGGGCAAGAAGGAAACUCAGACGUUCUUCAUUCAUGAUGAAUUUAUUUACUCUCCGGGGGUUGCCAUGGACCUCCGGUUCAGAUGGUCAAGAAAAGAUUGAGCUGACUGUUGCUGAAGUUGAAUCACUUAAAGCAGAACUUUCUGGUUUAGAAGAGAGGAAUGCACAUUUAAAAGCCCAGUUAGAACAAGUGGAUGAAAUAUUGCGUUCUUCAUGUUUGUCUGGCUACUUGUACAUCCGAACAAGGUGGACAGCACUUCCUGGAGAGCCUCCUCCUAUUGAUGAUACUGACGUUGAUGACUGGCUUCCCCGUUUUGUUGUUCUCCAUGGUCCUUGUCUCUUCUUAUAUUUACUCUGCACAGAUCUAAGUCCUCUAGAUUCCACUCUACUAUCAGAUAUCACUGAAAUAGGCUCCUUGCCAAGCUUUACCCGUGAAGAUGAAGAGACAAGAUAUUGCUUCUAUAUAUUAACUCGGCAAGGCCUGCGAUAUGAGUGCUCAAGCAUCUCAAAGAUACAGGUCGACUCUUGGGUGAAGGCGCUCCAUGAAGAAUGCAAAAUCAAAUCCGAUACAGAAGUUCCCAAUGGCUCCGCUGCAACAUGAAAAAACAUCUCUUUUCUAACCUUAAGCUGUAAAUGGAUUGACUGGUCAGUAGGUUUUGCAUAAUGACUUAUGAUUAGUUAGUUAUGCUGCAUUCACAAAUUUAUUCAUUUCUGUUACUGUACAUAAACUGGCAAUUCUUUUCACCCUGUAUGAGCAAGCAAGGUGGCCAUAAAGGUGCAUUCUGAUUCAUUAACGAGCAGCUUUAUAUCGA